CGCGCUGCCACAGCCAAAAGUUGCGACGCCCAUGCCCACUUUCUUUUGCAAAGAUUUCCCUCUCAUCCUCUCUGGUAGUGGUUUUAUUUUCCAUUAUCCUGCCAUUUACAAACUGGUUAUUUUCAACCUCGCGCAGAUCUUAUCAAUAUAACACGUGAUCCGUACGACAUGGAUGACCCAUCCUGGGCAUGGCCGGCCUGGAAGUUCGACAUGAAGAGAGGGGACUUAUUCACCAAGCUUCACGACCAGUAUAACACCUAUUCAUCCCCCAUUCAAGACCCUGAUGCCUUCCACCACGAUAUCUUCGAAAUCUCCCACGAGGCCAACUCCGCUACCGAAUUUCAUCAUUUGGCCAAUAAUCGCAGGCAACAACGCCUCCGCGAAUUGAACGACGCUCUUGAAUCUGCGAGUCUGGAGAUCAUCGCAAACCCAAGUCUUGUCAGUUCGCCUCAGUGGCAACAUGCUGUCCAACUCUUUCGUACAAAUUCCUUCGACUCCCUUGUUCGCUACUUCGCUUCUUACCUCCCCGCCGACCACCUUUGGCAUCCGGUGUGUCAUGCCUCUACUCCUGUCACCAGCAGCACUGAGCUCAUGCCCCAUUUACCAGACAAGGAGUAUGAGCGCACCAGAACGUACGACCCCAGCGGUACAAGGUGGCGGCCCUCUCCGUUAUCCUCGAUACUCCCGCCCGGCUUAUCCGGCACUCCAGCGAGAGACCGGCCUGUUGAGUGGAAUGAAUCUGUGAAUACCGUGGCCCCGGCGGUGCUCUUUCCCUCUUCAGAGCCUGCGCGCUUUCCACCUCAAGAAUCUAGCUCACAUGUCGACCGUGGCGAAGAAAUGACGCGACCUGGUGAUGACACGUCGACGAUGCCCGAUUCCAAGACUUUAGAGACGGCGGAGUGUGGGAAUGAAACUGCAUAUAAUGAGGGAGUACGCCCUAAAGAGAGUUUACCUGCCAAACAGCUCGCCAAACAGGUCGAGUUUAGAGGCAGCCACUCGGAAAGCCAGAUGAGUCGUCACCUUCAUUGUCGAAGGACAGCCCAACCCAUGGCCUUGACAUCUUCGGCCACGGCUACACUUGCUUCAGGACCGUCGCAAACCACAAUCACUUUAGCCAACUCGAUUCGGCCAACCAAUGGGGCUCGGGCGGGAACCAAACGAAAACGUUCUUGAGAGAUAGAAAUUCGCACGGAAGCUAAAUCGUGUGUUCAUUGAGUUGGGGAUCACAAGGAGGAGAAAGAUUGACUAGGUAUCUUUUGACUGGAUCUGGAUGAUUAUUUUCAUUUCAAACCACGGAAUCUCACAUCCU